GGAUGCUCACAGCACACUUCUCCCUCUUGCAGUCUGAGCAAGCAGCCUAGCCCGUGUCUGGCACGACUUCAGUGCGCUCCAAGGGGCCAGGCCGGGGCCGGCUCCGGAGUGCGGCUCCCUGGCUGUGUGGACACUGCAAAUCCAUCUUCUCAUCCCAGCGAACAGCAUUGGACCACUUCGGCAGCUCCAGGGAAAGGAUUUGGGACCACCUCCAGGAGCAUAGGCACUGUCCAUCCAGCUCCACGUCGGGAGAGAGUGCCCCCGAUACCACCUGCACCCAGGGAAUCCAACCCCGCUCCCAUGUCUGGGAGACAGCACGUGAAGACAUUGGCACUCCAUCGGGUGGGCAGUGCCGAGGUCCACAGCCCGGCGGCUUUGAUUUCAAACCACGCAGCAGCCUGAGACCCCCAGGUCGCUCGCUGUACUUUCCCACCUCCGUCGCUGCGGUUCCUUGCUGGAGUGAGAGGUCUGCAGGAAGCUGUUCCGGCAGUCAGAGCAGUGGCUGGAGUGGCAGCAACGGCAGCAGGAAGAGCAACGCCGGCACCCUCCAAAUUGGGACUCUAGCCCUUUAAAUCUGCUCAGUUACCAAAAAAGAAGAGGCAUCAGACCCUGUUAAUUAAAGCUCGCCCUGGUCCAUCAUUCUGAGGAGCUGCAGUUCUCCGCUCCUUCCCGAUGGCUUAGAGAUUCUCCUAAACUCCCAGCCAUGGAUCUUGGAGAAUUUCCCCCGAGAUCAGCAGGAGAGUGUGUGUCUCCGCUGACGUUCCCUUGAUGUGCUCACAAAUCUCUCUGAGAACAUCGCUCUGGACCUCCGAUGCGGCUGCCCGAGCAACCUGGAGAGGGGAAGCCUGAGAAUGAGGAAAAGGGGGGCAGAGGAGCCCCCGGAGGGGGACAGGAGCCAGCGAGGAGCCAGGCCCCCGACUUCCCCACUUGGGAAAAGAUGCCUUUCCACCACGUGACCGCUGGCUUGUUGUACAAGGGGAAUUACCUGAACCGCUCCCUCUCUGCUAGCAGUGACAGCGAGCAGCUUGCUAACAUCUCCGUGGAGGAGCUGGAUGAGAUCCGAGAGGCCUUUCGGGUUCUGGACCGAGAUGGGAAUGGCUUCAUCUCCAAGCAGGAGCUGGGAAUGGCCAUGCGCUCUUUGGGGUACAUGCCGAGUGAGGUGGAGCUGGCCAUCAUCAUGCAGCGGCUGGACAUGGACGGGGAUGGCCAAGUGGACUUUGAUGAAUUCAUGACAAUUCUUGGCCCCAAACUGGUGUCUUCAGAAGGUCGUGAUGGUUUUCUUGGAAACACAAUAGAUAGCAUAUUCUGGCAGUUCGACAUGCAGAGGAUGACCCUGGAGGAGCUGAAACACAUCCUCUACCACGCCUUCCGGGACCACCUCACGAUGAAGGACAUCGAGAACAUCAUCAUCAACGAGGAGGAGAGCCUGCAGGAGACAUCGGAGAACUGCCAAACCGAGUUUGAGGGAGUGCAUUCCCAGAAGCAGAACAGACAGACCUGUGUCCGCAAGAGCCUCAUCUGCGCCUUCGCCAUGGCCUUCAUCAUAAGCGUCAUGCUGAUCGCGGCCAACCAGAUCCUGCGGAGCGGCAUGGAGUAGCGCCCCCCCACCCGACCGCGCUGCGUUCCCGGCUCACUGCGCAUGUGCAUGCCCUGCGGGCAGACUCUGUUCCUCCACAAAAGCGGAAACGGACAUGGCAGACAUGGCGGACUUGGCGGACAUGGCGGACUUGGCGGACAUGGCACAGUUCAGCGAAGAACCCAAGGCUGCGGUGCAACAGGUGUUGCAGAUCCACUUCAUCUCCUUGGCAGGGACACAAAAGGGCUGUCUUCAAUGCUUUAAUGGUCUUGUUUCCUAAUGCAAUAAAAUAGCCAGGAGUUCCCAAUGACUGCGUCCAUCACCCGCUAGGAACUCUGAAGAGAGACUUCAUUCUCAUCUCGGAAUUUUCCAAUGGCCAUCCAGGUUGGUGGUGUGAGAGAGCAAGAGAGAGACGUCCACGUGUGGUCAUCUCCAUGCCCCAUUCUUCCAACCGCCCGGGGUCAAUGGAAGACUCCUGGUGGAGGGCACCCUCGGUCCCUAGGGGCUGACUUCCGGGGUGCCCCAGAAGAGGGGGCUUUCCAUCCCACCCUGGCUUUCUGCCUCCACCCCCAAGUGGAGCCCUCCCCCCCAAGGCGUGAGGGGAAAGCCAUCGAAUGGGGUGCAACGCCUGGCGGUCUGCAGGUUGCACCCCUUGCUUCCGUUCUUACUGCCUUUUCCACAGGACUCUUGUUGGCAGAGUUGGGGAGCUCUCAGUUUCCGUCGGCACUUGGCUUUCUGUUCCUCGAGCCCAUCGCGCACCAGCAUUUUGGAAUCUGCAGAGAGCCUUUCUCCCAGCUUUGCCACCUGUGCUACCGUUCGUGAAAAAAAGCAGCAUACUCGUGGGCAUCUCUAUAACCUAGACGCAUAGACAGACGUAUACAUUGGGCUUCUUCAUGCGUGACAUCAUUCUUUCCUACUCGCUUACUCCUGAUAGAAGCUUGUCCUCUGACAUGCAUCCCUGCCCCCUGUGGGUGGGCCAGGUAGUUUCCGGGGGGAGGAGGGUGGGUGCAGGGAGGGAUUGAGACCAGCAGGGAGGUGGGGUUGCACCCACUCCCCAGCCGUCCGGAGUCGUGGAGCCUGAACCCACCUCCAUACCAGAAGACCCCUGUAAGUUCAGGUCCUUGAACAUCUUUCCUUCUUCUCAUCUUAAAAUUUGCUUUGCUAGUCUUCCCCAGAUGAAAAGAGAAAUAUAGUCCACGCUGGAAAGAUGGAAAGAUCAAACAACCAUUUUACAUAGCAUCUUCCAGCUCUUAGAUUCUACAACGGGCUCAUUUUCAUGAGGCAACAAAAAAGAUGUGAAUCCGCUUAGCUAGCAGGACAGGUGAUUCACUCCUGCCUGCAGAAUACUUCCGCUGGGGAAGGGACCUGGAUCCCGUGGUCCCCGUUCAACACCAUUUCAAGCCUGUAAUCUCCCGACUUCUCCCAGAUGCCCUAUCAGCCACCACUGUUGAUUCAAGCUUACAUAGUCCAAUUAGCCAAUAAUCUUUCGAUGUGAUGUUUUCCUUUGUCUUUUCCAAGCUCAGGUCUUUAUUUCUGUAAUAGAAUUGUCUUGCUUCUCAUGCUCUCCAUUGCAUCCUGAAGCUAUAUGCUUUUGCCUCUCCCACUUCCCCUUUCUUCCAGUAUUGAGGUGCCAGAAUCUUUCCUCUCUAGGGUUUGCGGUGUGGUGGGUGCCCCCGAUCCCCUUCCCCCAGGACCCCCUCCCCCUCAAUUUUCUCCCUUACUGCCUUCUCUGACUUGCCCUUUUAGAGUCUUUUUCCAGUUCACCUCUGCAAGCACUUCAGGCAACAGCCAGGGGGCAGCUGUAGAAACUUCCCCACUGUGGGAGACUGCAAAUAUUCAUGAUGAGCACAAGUAAAACUAGGGUUUGAGCCAUAGUACAGAGGAUGGGGCAGGUGUAGGCUCCCAAGAGCCCAGGGGUUGAGGGUCCCGCUGGGAAAAAGCCUGGAGUCCCGCACAUCCAGGCCAAGGAAGGCAGCAACCUGCCUGUCCCUCUCGCCCGCCCUGCCCUGCCACGGUACGCACUGCACACCUGCCUCUUCUCUCUCUCCCCCUGCCCAACUCGCCAGGGUCCUCAGGAUCGGCUUCCAGAAUGAGGACAGGUCCGAACACAGAGCACUAACACAUAAGACAACUUAGUCAUUAGUUUUUGCCCAAAACAGCUUACCUCCCCAGACCCCAACUGGACUUGGACGGGAAGGACCCCAUGAACCACUAGACCAUGUCCUCCUGGGGAGCCAAAGUAGAUUGAAUAGAGGUCCCAAGGGAUGACUUCUAAAGGAUCCCGCCCUGUGAGAGGGGAUCGCAAUGCUUCUUCAAAGGCUGGCUCUUUGCAAGUUCGUCUGCCUCUUCCUGAAGGAUGUGAGGCUUAGAAGAGAUUUUAGCCACGAGGUAGGGACAGGGAUUAAAAGCUCUGGAGAGGCAGCAGCAACCUGGUCAAGGCCUCAGCAUCCUCUCCCUGAAGAGAACUCUUUUCCCCUCCCAGUGACCAGUAAGCAAGACCAUCCUACCCAGAAGGGAUUCGAGGAGCAUGCAUCCCUCAUAAAGAGAGAGGACAACAUGGAGGCUAUAGAACCAUCUUGGGUGGGCUAGAGUUGACGUCCCACUAUGGUGGCCUCACACCUGGCACCCAGGGGCUGAAAGAUGGGGAGACAGUUCAGACCUACUUGCAUUCCUGAGAUUUGGGGAGCUAAGAGCUUGUCCCUGUGACGUCACCCCUGACUGCUGUGCCUGGACAGUCUGUCAAAGGUGUUGGGAUUCUCCGUAAGGCUUAAGAGGUUGACUUUCGGCAGCCGCAUCCCAGGUCCCGUCCAUACCAGAGCUACUUCAGGGCCCCCACCACAGCACUUAUGAUGCUCACGGAUAAAGCGUGGCUCAUUCUUGCUGUAAGAACAGGUGCCCCCCAGACCACACAAGUGAUGAUCGGGGAGGCAUUUUGCUAGGGGGACAAGGCACGUGGACCUUGAUGCCCUUGGCUGCACAGCAAGCUGUCUCCCAUCACUCCAGAGGCAGACAGAGGCCCCAAAUGGGACCCAGCAUGGGAAUUAUUAGAAGUGGCUUCCAGAAUGUGCGUGGGUCCCACGUGACCAAUCUGUAAAAGUAAAGGGGGGGGAUGAUGUCACCAUGGCAACCCUUGCAUUCCACCCCGAGUUUGCCAAGGCACACAAAAAUAGGGAACAUUUUCUUAAAGAACACUUGGGCUCUGCCUCAUUGCAACCUGACUCCCUGCGUCCACAGCCCACUGGUGGAGUAAAUUACACUCAAAAAAUCUGGCGGUUUCUCUGCCUUUUCUUGUGUUUUGAAACCACCCUUCCAUUUGCUCAGGAGAACAGGAGCUACCUGAGAGCCAGGUGGUAUUCUCCCUCCCCUCCCCCCUUCUCUCCCCCUUCCCAGGGCCUGGAGCAAGGACCCCUUCAUCUGGGCAAAAAGGCAGAAAUGUCAUUUGGAAGGCAAAAAAUAUUUUAAGCUUCAAUCUUUAAAAGCAUCUGUUUGCCUGUUGAGACGCUCUCCCACAAGCCAGAAAUGUGAACUGAAGUGAACUGAGGUUUACAUGUGGUCUUAGGCAAGCCCAGAGGCUUCAGAACUUUCUAGGUGUCUUAUUUGCAGAGAACAAGAUGUGCACCAUGGGAUGUGUUCUUUCUCGAUACCCGUGCCUGUCUCCAAUUUCACAUGACAAAUGGUCUAUCUUGUGGUUAGCCAAAAGAACCUAGUGAAAGAUGGCGAGCUCAUUUUGACAGGAAUGCCCCUCCCAUCCUCCCCUCUACAGUAUCAUAAAGUGAUGUAUCUAAGAACAGGGAGGGAGAAAUUUCUCCCUUAUUCCAAAUGCCUUCUCUAGGCUUAAGUCCAGACUCAGGUUAUAAAUCAAAGAGGGUUUUGCUCUUAACUCGUAGCUGGCAGCCUCUCUGGGACCAUGACAGAAGAGGAAGGGUGUUGACCGCCAAGCACAGGUCCUUGGGUUGGCUGGCCUGGCCACGUGUGGCUGCCCGUCAUGCAACCGCAUUCCAUGAUGCCGUUGCCCUCCAUUCCCGCAGAAGCUGCUGAGCCCUGCUUCUCCCAGCUGGAGGUCCCAAACCAUACUGGGUCAAUCUACUGCACUAUGUCUCCGAAAGCCCAUAACGAUAGUUUUACUCACCCCGCUCCAUGGAGAAGUAGGGAGAUCUGGAACCCCACUGCAAGGAGGGACCCCUUUUCCUAUAGUGCUGUGAUGAUACAGGCGGUCAAGCCUAGACUUCCAGACUUUGGCACAUACCGGUUGUAUUCCCAGGAGGACUGUCUGGAGAACAGGUGUCUGCGUUGACCUGAGAUCAGGGCUUUCCCAUUGGCCUCUUCAGUGAUCCUCCCAGGGCUAAGGGUCCAUAACCUAAAGGCCUUGCCAUAGCCAUCUUUCCUCACCACCUCAUUACUCAACUGUCCCCAAGGGCAGGAAUAAUCCAUCAGAAAGAAAAAAAGUAACAUGAUUCAACAGCUAGGGUUUUCAACUUGCAUUACUUAAAGUGAUGGUGAAUUAGAGGAGGAUUCGGGCUGCCCUUGUGGACCCUGUCUCCACGACAAUUUAAAUGUCAGAGCUGUUCUGGUUCACUUCAUACUUCCUUUGACUGAGUCACUCGGGACUGUCCUCCGUCUUGUGGCCUUCCCAUAGACACUCGGUUUGGGGAGGAGUAAGGUGAAAUGCACGAACCAGCCAAACAUUUCUCGUAGUAUCCUGUGCCCAUGGUUAAUGUGCAUGGCUAUGGUUUCUACUUUAUAUUGGCUUGGGACCCUCUUUAUAUGGUCUCAAGGGACACGAUAGCAAAGCUUAGAAAGUCUUCAUGGCAAAAUUAAUUUGAUUCCAUUGGCUUGAAAUAAUAGCCACAAAGCAUCAGGUGUCGCCAGUCCCACGAAAGGCAGUCCUCUGAAACUGGAGAAGACUUGCCCAGCCUCUGCCCCUACUUUGGGCAAGUCACCAGUGGAACACUCAUGCGGAGGCACAGCCCUCAAAUCCACCUCUUUUCCUUGGGCUUGAUGGGUUGGCUUUCGGAGCAGUGCUUCUCGCAACGUUAGAAGUUAUCGUCCAAGAGAAAGGGAUGCAGAGGCUGGAAUUUUCCAGGGGAGUAGGAGAGCAGGCUAAUCAGGAAGGAAUGUUCCAGGGAAUGAAAAAUUCAAGUGUGCUGUUGCUCCGUCCCUGGACCUGUGAGAGAAAAAGGAAAAUCGUAAAGGGCUGCAGAGGCUGGCCUCUGGACGUUUUCGCUGUGUGUCUGGCCUACUUGGGUAACAUGCAAGGGACUGAGUGCCACGGAGCUGCUGCCUGUCAACCUGAUCUUAGUGACACGCGGGGAGAGCGUCAAGAGGAGGCUGGUCGGUAGCUCACCUUUCCUUUGGGGGAUGCGGACAUCUGCCAAGCUCCAGAUGCCUCUCCCAGGGUUUUCUGUCUGGGCUCAGACCUGUUGAACUAGGCCAGGAGAGCAGAGUUCAGAGCCAGAAGUUUGGGAACGCGAUCACGUCCCGGACCCCACGUGCUCUGCCACCCAGCAGCCUGAUGAUUUUGAGUGACGUUCCCUUCCUGGCCUCGGGUGUCUCAUCUCUAAAGCAAGAGGAAAGGUCCACCAGAAGAGCCCUCCCGUGGUGACUCGCUUUGUCUGAAACGGUCAAAACGAUGCCUAGACUCGAGAGGGGCCCUACUCCCCCAUGAAUCGCAGUUGGGACCGACAGUUUCUUUUUGAAUGCACCUCCCAAGAGGCAGUCGUAAUAAUCUCUUUCGGUGUCCAUUGUCUGUAGAUGAAACAAUGCAAAUUGGUUGCUGUCUAAUGUGUGGUGUUUUGCAAGUGAGAGGUUUUGUUUACUCCCUGAGGUCUUGCUGACUCAAGGGAACGUCAAAGAUGGGCUUUGCAUCCUUGUCUUAGCCAGUGUGAGAAAUAAGGGGAUUGAUCACGUUAUCGCCGAUCUUGUGUAUCAGAAUUCAUGAAUAAGUAGGGUGAAACAAAGCCAGGUCCCAGGAAAAGAUGAAUGUGUGUCUCCAUCUGAGAAAGCUUAACUGGUAGCUACUGAUUAAAAAGCACAGCUUCCAAACUUACCUUCCUUCCCUUCCUCCCUUCCUCCCUUCUUUCCUUCCUUCCUUCCUUCCUUCCUUCCUUCCUUCCUUCCUUCCUUCCUUAUUUCUGGCUGUUCCAGUAUAUGUGAUACUGGUUUAUAAUUAUUCAUAACACUGCAGAAGAAAGAGAGUCACUGUCUCAUGAUUGUCAGGAAUAACAUUAGCAGUCUGGGGAGACCAGCCACUGUGAUCGUCUUUUGAAGGCUGAGGGAUGCUAAACACAGGUGGCUGGUUUAGAUGAACCCCAACCCUGAUGAGGGGUGGAGGGUAGGAUGAGUGACUGCUGAACCCAUAAAAGUCCCCAGUCCUUCUGCCCCAUGACCACAUAACAUCCUAAGUCGUUGUCCCUUUUCCUCUUCCUAAAGUGGACUGAGGCUUUUAUACAAGCUUGUUUUUAUAUGAGCCCUACUGUUCUUCCCUGGAAAGACCCAGAUUGGUCAGGAAAGGGUCCCCUCAGCUCCUGGUAGAAAUUUACGCCAGCCAGUGUCUCCCAGCUCCCUCCAAGGAAAAUCAACAAAUAUUCUUCCUUUCUGACCUGGAAAUCCGGUUUCAGGGGUCCUUGAAUGGCUUCUUAGUGGGGUUUGAUUUUUUUCCCCCCAGUUCUGAAUCCAGGAAGAAGCUCUUUCUCCAAGGACUAACCAAAGACAAUGCCCUUGGGUGGAAAUCGGAUCCAGAAAGUCUGGUCAGGCAGUGGGCUGGCAAACUGUCAUCUGUUGAGGAUUGGGGGGGAGGGGAGGUCAGUGAGCCUAGGAGUCAUUAGACUUGAGACGUGACUUGUUUCUCAAAGCACAGUAUAGUUAGUGGCUGGGUGCAGACCCUAGCAUAGCUUAGGACUGUUAGGACCAGUAUGCCCGGAGCCUGGCAGCUCUCAUAUCCAGAACGGGCCACUAAGACUGAAAUCCUGGGUCACAGUCUUCCCAUUUACCUCAUUCAUGUUCCUUUUAUUUUUUUUCAUUCAGUAUUAGGUGAUGAUUUCUGCUAUUAAGUGAUGAGAGAGUGAGCAGACUAGUCAAAAGAAAAAUCUUUAUAUAAAAUGUAAAUAUUAAUAUAAAUUAACUUGGCAUGCGACUUACUAACUCAAUGAAGUAUAUAUUAUUAAUACGUUCUCUUAGUGUAUAAAGGAAAACUGACUGCCAUAUUUACCAGAUGUUUUCUGUAACCAAACUUGUCUGUAAAUAUAUAAUCUGUAUAAAAAAAGAGUCUAAUUUACCA